CCUUUCCAACUUUUGAGUUGAGCGGCAGCUGCCCCGCGUCGUUAAACACAACAAAUAACAAAAAUUGAAAAGUCGAAUUUUCGGAUCUCGGUCUGUGCGGUGUCUCAACGUCUCAUCGUCACAUCAUCGCUACCAACGAAACGGUCGAUCUGGUGCCUAAGAUACUCGUACUUUAGUGCCGUGAAACUAAGUAAAUUUUCCGCGUUUUUUGGAAUUCCUAGCUAGAGUGUGCGCCCAAAAAAAUGUUUCGCCCAAUGCAAGUCAAAGUGCGGCCAAGCCUCGAACUGGCUGAGGCCUGUAAUUAAACAGAAAGAUACGGAUACAUAGCCGAACAGCGAGCAAACAAGUAUCUGCAACUGUAAACAAGUUAAAGACGAAAGCGUCUCAGUGCAAGUGUGUGGUCUGUGUGUGAGUGUUUGUGUGUUGUGCAAUCCCAGAGUCCCACAACAAAUUUCAAGCAACAAUCGAACAACCUACAAGAUGCAGUUUUGGAUAUCUUUGACAUUUGCCGUGCUCUUGGCUACCAUCGACUGCAGCAGCUCCCUAGCAUCAGCAGCAGCAGUUACGGCACCGACUACGGCCGCAUCGCUACCUGCUGUGCAGAAGUUCCGCAUAACGCCACACGAUCUGCAAAUACUCGAGGGCACCGACACCCUACUGCGCUGCGAGGUGUCCGCCCGGGCUGGGAAGGUGCAGUGGACGAAGGAUGGCUUUGCGCUCGGCUUCUCGGCAGUCAUACCCGGCUUUCCACGUUACUCGGUGCUGGUGGAUGCCCAGCACGGCAUCUACAAUUUGCAGGUGAAGAACGCCAGCCUGGAGGACGAUGCAGAGUAUCAGUGCCAGGUGGGACCGGCUGCCGGCAAUCCAGCGAUACGAGCCAAUGCCAAGUUGAGCAUUGUGGCCGCACCCAGUAGCAUUGUGAUCGAGGGCUUUGCCCGUAACGCCAAGGUGGAGGUCGUGGAGCGACAGAAUCUCACGCUGCACUGCAUCGCCGAGAAUGCCAAUCCGGCGGCGGAGAUUGUCUGGUACCAGGGCGAAGUACCCGUCCAAAUGGUUCCCAUUGUCUCUGUGAACCAGACGGCCCCAAAACGAUUUACGACCAGUUCGAUCCUGCACCUGCAGCCGCGCUCCGAUGACGAUUACAAGGAGUACUCCUGCGAGGCGCGUCACAAGGCACUGCCCCCCGAUGUGCCCAUGCGAGCCCAGGUCCAGCUCUCUGUGCUGUAUCCACCCGGUCCGCCAUUCUUUGAGGGCUACAGUCAGGGUGAGAGCCUGCGACGAGGACAGGAAAUGCAAAUCGCUUGCCGCAGCCGCGGCGGUAAUCCUCCCGCACAAUUGGUCUGGUAUCGCAAUGGUGUGGCCAUCAGCUCGCCGCAGCGCACCUCGGGACGUCUGUCGGAGAAUGUGUACAAAUUCACAGCCUCCGCCGAGGACAAUGGGGCGAAUUUGGUGUGCGAGGCAAAGAAUCUGUUGGCCACCUCUCCCCUGCGCGCCGAACUCAAUUUGACUGUUUUGUAUGCACCCAAGGAUGUUUACCUGAGUGGCGCCAACCGAGCCAAGGUCGGCGACUCUGUGCAGUUGGGCUGCGUGACGGCUCCCUCGAAUCCGCCGGCCCGCAUUAGCUGGUCCAUGAACGGCCGCCCCCUGGCCAAUGGCACAUACAAGACGACCAGCAGCUCCGACGGCGGCUGGGUGAGCAGCUCCAACAUCAGCCUGAGCAUCGACUCCCAGAGCCGCACCUUCAUUGCCGUCUGUCACGCCUUGAACACAGAACUCACCCAGAAUGUGGUGGGCUCUCACACCGUGAAUGUUCUAUACCCACCAUCGCCACCCUUGUUGACGGGCUACAACGAUGGCGACAUACUCAUAUCUGGAUCCAUACUGAAACUACAGUGCAGCUCCGCCGGCGGCAAUCCCCCGCCCACUCUGCAGUGGUACAAGAACGACAAACGCGUGAAUGCACCCUCCAAGGUGGUGGACAGCAAGAUAAGCUCCGAACUGUCGCUGCUCGUCAAUGCCUCCGACAACAAUGCCAUCUACAAGUGUGAGGUGCAGAACGCAGCCAUUGACAUACCGCUCUUUGCCACCAAGACAUUGGGUGUGCACUUUCCCCCCGAGACUGUCAAGAUCAGUGUGGCGCCCAAGAACCUCGUGCCCGGCAUUCGUGCGAAACUCAUUUGCGACUCAAGCUCCAGCAAUCCGCCGGCCAAGAUCAGCUGGUGGAAGGAUGGUAUACCCGUCGAGGGUCUCAAUCUGGCCAACAAGCCAGGCCUCUGGGGCGGCUCGGUCUCCACGCUGGAGAUGUAUGUGAACAUCACCCAGGAUCUGGAUGGCAUCAUCUACACGUGUCAGAGCCACAAUGAGGUACUGCAGCGCAGCGUGCACGAGACCAUCAGCUUGGAUAUUCUCUAUCCGCCCAAGUUCGAGCCAUCUCAGACGACCACCUUUGUGGGUGUUGAGGGUGCGCCCUUCCAUGUGGAGCUAGUGGCCAGCGGUAACCCCAUGUCGAUCAGUUAUACCUGGACCAAGGAUGGUCUGCCCAUCACCACCAAUACGCUGAGCGGUCAGCGAUUGAUCUCCGAUGGGCCGCGACUCAACAUCAGUCGACUGAGUCGAAAUGAUGCGGGUGUCUACAUCUGCGAGGCGCUUAAUAGCCAAGGAACCUCUCUGCUGGAGAUCCAAAUAGCCGUGGAAUAUGCCCCCACCAUCAGUUCGGUCAGUGAGGGUCAUAGCUUUAUGGCCGGCCAGCCGGCGGUCUUGGCCUGCCACAUCCAAGCGCGUCCACUGGAUGCCUCGCAUGUGCGCUGGACAAGGGAUGGCUACGACCUCAGCUCUCGCACCACCUCCAGUUUCGAGAACGGCACAGCUCUGCUCCAGAUUGCCAAUGUGGAGCGCAGCGACAUUGGAAACUUCACGUGCAUCGUGGACAACCAGCGGGGACCACCAGCCGCACAGAAUGUGCUCCUGGUAGUGCAAACUGCCCCAGAGAUCGACCAUACGCCCGCCUUUACCCGCUAUGCCGCUCGCCUUGGGGUGAGGGCGCAGCUCAUUUGCCGUGCCCUGGCCUCACCACAGCCCAGUUUCAUUUGGCGGCGACACGGUAAGGAUCUGAAGAUGCAGCGCCGCAACAAGUUCAAGUCCCUGGACCGCCAGGUGGAUGCCCUGAACUACGAGUCGGCCCUGCUAAUUGAGAAUACCUCGGCGGACGACUAUGGACAAUACGAGUGUGUGGUACGCAAUGCCCUGGGACAGGCGAGCAUCACGCUGGAGUUCAGCAAGCCAAGCCGCCCGGACACUCCUCUGCAGCUGAGGGUGGGCAAUGUCUCCGACACGGGUGUGGAGCUGAUGUGGAGUCCGGGCUUUGAUGGCGGCAUGCAGACCUACUAUCGGCUGCGGCUGAAGCAGCAUGGAGAGGACAAGUACAAGUACGUGGACGCCAAGCCGGGCAACCUGAACAUCACGCUGGACGGGCUCAAGCCGGGGGCCACCUACUACUUCUCCGUGAUGGCGGCCAACGAGGCGGGAGGCAGCAAAUUCAUGCCCGACAUCAAGCUCGCCCUCAGCAAAGGUUCCCAGCCCCAUUCGGCGGAGUAUACGGAAAAGGACGAGCUGCCCAAUGUCAUGAUCAUUGGCAUCACGUCGGCGGCGAUGGUUCUGCUGGUUCUCAAUGCCGCACUUGUCGCCUGGUUCGUUAUACGUCGCCAGAACAAGUCCCAGGGCGAGGCGGAACCCAGCAACGACGAUGUCUACUCCAAGGACGACAACCAGUCGGUCUACAAGCUGCCCAUCACUGCAUUGCAGGCGGAUGUACAAAAGAAGGCCGCCGCCUCAACCUAUCUGGUGGAGAAUGUGGACAUUAUACAGUCGACGGCGUAUCCGCCCAAGUACCAGGAGAGUUCCAUGUGCACGCCCCACUAUCCAAUGUGCAAUCCGGACUUUACGCGAACACUGCCCAAUCCGAAGAGGCACAGCCAGCGGAACAGUGCCACUGGCAUGAUUGACGGCAUGCCCAUGCGCUCCAAGGAUGAUCAUAUGCUGAUCUCGAAUGGCCUGUACAUACCUUCGCCAUCGCCGGCCUCCUCGCUGGUGAUCAAGGGCAGCUACAUCUCAUCACCAUCGCCCGCGCCACCAGCCGAUGGCUCCUACUUUAACAUGAGUGACAAAUACAUGUCCUAUCCCCCAGUGACCUACUAGGCUAUGCCGUGCAGAGAGCGUCAAAGACAACAGCAACACUCCAAGCAACCAAACCCAGCCAAAACCCAGCUAGACUGAUUGACAUACAUCAAACACACACAAAUACAUCAAACAUACAUAAUUACAACACACACAGAUCUGAACUUCGUAUGAUAGAAGCAUUUCGUGUUCAUUUGGUUUCGUUUGGUUGUUGGCUGUUGCAGGUUUAAUUGCAUUUUGUAUUGGAUUUUAUUAUUUUUAUUUCUUGUUUAUAAUUAUUACUAUGUAUAUGACGUUGAUUAUUACGGAGCGCAUAAUGGAGGAAUCAUGUUGAAUGUGUUUUGGAAAAAGACAUUUGCAUGCGGCGCUCGAAGGCUGUGAUAAGUACCUGUGCCCAGAGCCCUGGAGACGUUGGCGUUGGCAUAACCAAAGCCACACACAUCUACACAAAACCGAGAGAUACUCAAAGAACACGCAAGCCACACGUCCGCCACAUAACCGACUCGGUGUCCGGGGGCCCCGAACAUCAAUCUUGGGCCCUUGGGUCUAUAGGUUUGGCCAUGGGGCAGGUGCGCCAACCCGCUCUACAAAAAUGCUUGCCCUCCAACUCCCCUUUUAACCGAAAAUACCCCAACCAAAAACACACAAAAACCAACAACCACAACAGCAGCAUUGUUAGAUACAAAAAAACAACAGAACACUCUCAAAAUAUUGAUUUGUAGUAAGUUUUCUCGAUAUUAAGUAGUAGGAAUUACGCAUUUUAGCAUCUAGCAUAAAUAUUAACGAGUCUGCUGAGUCGUGACUCAUUCUCAUUAGCAGUUGUUCAAGUUUAAGCUAUAGGACAUAACCGAUAUCUAUUCACUUACGAACAUACACAUAUAUAAACACAAAUACUUAUACAAAAGGCCCGAUGAGCGUAAACGAUUUUCAACGAAUUCCAGAUUCGAAAUCACCAAAACGAGAACGUAAAUCGAAACUUCAAUUAAGCAACAGAAAAUAAAUCACUUUUUUUAAGCGUGAUUUUUGAUAGACCUAAGACUCGAUAUAUAUCUAUCUACAGAUAAAUAAAUCGAUACAUAUAUAUAUAUAUUUAACUGUAUUUAAAAUAUGUAUACAUUCGUAUUUACACAAUCCAAUCCCACGACUUUCCUUUUAUCAUGCAUGACAAUAAAUUAUAUACAUGAUAACGAAAGAUGAUCCGAGCACGCGUGAGCGCCAAAAAUUAUGCUAAACAAAUCUACGAAUAUAAAAACCGAUAAACAUGUUAAUUACCCAUUAGACUUCAAUGAGCAUUUGCAUUUAAAUCGA